AUGAGGUUCUCAUUUCUCUUCCCGCUCGUUGCGGUAGUUCCAUUCGCUUUAGCUUGCAAUUCAUGCGAUAGUGCCAAAGAAGUUAUCCACGAACGUCAUGUCCGUCGACUGCAACCAGGAGCGACCCCUGCUCAGUCUGGUCCCAGAGGACCUUUAGAGUGGGGGCAAUUGAAUUUCAUACAGACAGUGAGUUGUUUUCUGGUCCUAUGAAGCAAGCUGUCUAGAUCUGGGGCUGACAGCUUUUAGACUGAUACUCACGGCUGGCUUGAGGGUCAUAUCAAAGAGCAGAAUUAUGGAGCGGAUUGGGGAGACUUCGUCUCUUUUGUAAAACACAUGAGGCAUAAAGCUGGACGGUUGGGUGUUGACCUACUGUUGGUUGAUACGGGAGAUCUUCAUGAUGGGAAUGGACUUAGUGAUUCUACUUCUCCUAAUGGGCUGCUUUCCAAUCCCAUUCAUCAAGAGGUCGAUUACGAUAUACUUACUAUUGGUAUGCCAACGCCCGAACCAAUCUAUAUAUAACCUGACACUUGAUUUCUAGGAAACCAUGAACUAUACGUGACCGAAAUUGCCUAUGAAACGUAAGCUCUAGCACUUCUCUACUCAAGUACCGUUAUACAGUUGCUAAUACUCCCCAGUUUUGCAAAUUUCAGCAAGUCGUAUGGCGAGAAAUAUCUGACUUCCAAUGUUCAGAUUCUAAAUCCUGACACUAACCAGUAUGCAUACAUUGGAAACAAGUAUCGCUACUUCACAACCGCUCAAGGUAAUUGUUAAUUCCCCUAUGAUUUUCCUGCCCAUGCUAAUUGAACACAUUCAGGUCUCAGAAUCAUGAGCUUUGGAAUCCUUUUCGACUUCAACCGCAACUCCAAUGUCUCAAGAGUGACAAAAGCAGCAGAUAUGGUUAAGCAGCAAUGGUUCCUCGACGCAGUCAACUAUGAUCAACCAAUUGAUCUUUUUAUCUUGAUCGGUCAUAAUCCUGUUCGUCUAAGUGAUCCGGUUAGCACUUUUGGCACCGUCCUUUCCGUGAUUAGGUCUCUUCGCCCAAAUAUUCCUGUGCAAGUCCUCGGUGGUCAUACACAUAUCCGAGAUUUUACGACUUAUGAUGAGAUCAGCACUGGUAUAGAAGCCGGACGGUAUUGUGAGACGGUUGGUUGGCUUUCCAUGAGUGGCAUUAAUUCAUCCUCAUUCCACGGACACAUGAAACCCCGAGGAGUUCCAAAUCCCACUCGAAAAGCAACCAAUACCUCGACAUCCAGCAUGGUAUAUUCCCGUCGUUAUCUUGACUGGAAUAGAAGGACCUUCGCCUACCAUGCCGUCGGAUCGCAAGACAACACGUUCGAUACGAGCAGUAAUUCGACCUUUGAUCUACACAGUGGAACCCGAGUAUCCAAGAAGAUCAGUGAAAUCAGGAAGAAUCAGAAUCUUACGACUCUGUACGGCUGUGCCCCGAGGACUUACUGUAUCUCUUGCAAACCAAUCGGUGAUCCGGGGAAUAUUUACAGUCUCCUUCCUGUGGCGGUUGGGGCUACUGUCAUCAAUCCCGCAAGAGAAACGAUCCCUCGGUUGAUUCUCUUGCAGACUGGUGGUGUUCGAUAUGAUCUUGUCAAGGGACCUUUUACUUACGAUGAUUCUUUCAUUGUCAGUCCGUUCAAGAAUAACUUUCAGUACGUACUUCUCUCUUGGACUAAGAUAAGUAAGGCUAAUGAAAUACAUCACAGAUACAUCCCCUCCAUACCCUACAACCUAGCUCGCUUAGUGCUCCCCUUCCUCAACGCUGGGAGACCAAUAAAACGCACUCCCACCCCCCGCUGGGGAUCCAUGCCCCUCCCCCAAGCCCUCCCCCAAAGCAAAGACACCUGCGAAGACCCCAUCAUCCCACACACCCCCCUCCAAAAACGCAUGCCAAUCACACGCCGUCAAAAGAUUGUGACACCAGGCUACACAACCACCGACGACUUCGGCACCGACGGCGACGACACCCCGCAUUCCCAGAUCCCCGCGUUCCCACGCCCCAAUGUGAUCCAGGGGAAUGGCUCGUUCCCUACCGAUGGAACGGAUCCGACGACGGUGGAUCUGGUGUUUGUGGAUUUUGUGGCGAGGGAUGUCGUGGCUGCUCUGAAGAGUUUGGAGUGGGAUGGUAGUAUAGCGGAUGUGCAGUUGUAUAUGCCCAAGGAGUUUACGACACAGAGUUAUCUGCCGCUUUUUGUGAAGAAGUAUUGGCAGCGGGAUAUGCCGAAUUGUCCCGGGGGGUUGGGGAUUGGGUAUGAUGAUUAGGGUGUAGGGAUUUGUAGAUGUGUUUUGGGGGAUUCUAGAGAGGGGAGGAAGGAGGGAGGGGCAGACAAUUACGAUGAUUAAUUACUAUAAGCGAAGACGCGUCUCCGCACCUAUUCACUCCCCUACUCCCGCAUCCCCUCAUCCACAUUUCAACCUCAACCUCAACCUAGAAUAUCAAAUCUCAACUUAAGCACCACAUACUCACCCCCCAAAAAAUACCCCAAAAAUAGCAAAAAACAAGCUCAGGGCUCGGACUAAAUCUGCAUCCCUACAUCCCUUUUUCUCUUUGAGUUCGGGAAGUUGG